GGAAGAUGCACACGACCCAGAAGGAUACCACGUACACCAAGAUCUUCGUCGGGGGCCUGCCCUACCACACCACGGACUCCAGCCUGCGCAAGUACUUCGAGGUGUUCGGGGAAAUCGAGGAAGCCGUGGUCAUCACCGACAGGCAGACGGGCAAAUCCAGGGGCUACGGAUUUGUGACCAUGGCUGACCGAGCUGCUGCAGAGAGGGCCUGCAAGGAUCCUAAUCCAAUCAUUGAUGGCAGAAAGGCGAAUGUGAACCUAGCAUACCUAGGAGCAAAACCAAGAAUAAUGCAGCCAGGUUUUGCCUUUGGUGUUCAGCAGCUCCAUCCAGCAUUAAUACAGAGGCCUUUUGGGAUCCCUGCCCACUAUGUCUAUCCACAGGCUUUUGUGCAGCCAGGAGUAGUAAUUCCACAUGUCCAACCCACUGCAGCUGCUGCCUCCACCUCACCUUACCUUGACUACACCGGAGCUGCCUAUGCUCAGUAUUCAGCUGCUGCUGCUGCUGCUGCAGCAGCAGCCUAUGACCAGUAUCCUUAUGCAGCAUCCCCGGCUGCUGCAGGCUAUGUCACCGCUGGGGGUUACGGCUACACAGUCCAGCAACCAAUCACUGCAGCGGCACCUGGGACAGCUGCAGCAGCCGCUGCUGCCUUUGGCCAAUAUCAGCCUCAACAGCUGCAAACAGAUCGCAUGCAAUAACAGAUGGACUCGUGAAGGAAGUUUUCUCUUUAAAUUUUUCUCAUAUUUACCUUCCAGCCUUCCAAUAGAAAUAGUUUUGAAAGAAGCAAUUAACCUUAACUAAUCCAGCUUUAUGGAAAAUUACAAUGCAAUAGAGUAU